AUGCUCUUCUCACGUUUCGUAAUUCUACCCUCCAUCGCUCUCGCGGCAUCGCUUCCACGCGAUAUUCUACCAACUGGACAGACAGUUAGACAAGAUGUGAUUAACAUCCACAACGCAGUGCUUGCGCUCGAUGCGACGAUAAACUCGUACCAAGGCGUACCAUUGCCAACGUCGCUAGUCGAAGGCACGCCCGUCCUCCUCGGCGUCGCAGAAAUCCAUAGAGUAAACCGCGCAGGGUUUCGGCACGCCCUUGCCGCUUCUCCAUUCACCGUGGAGGAUAGUCGGGAUGUCAUUGAUGCCGUCGUAGACACCGUCAAUGUAUCCAUACCCAAAUCCACUCAAGACUUGAAAGCCAAAGUCGACGCAUUCAAGCAAGGCGGCCUCGUCCCCGUCGUCAUUGCAAGUUUGACCCUACUACUGAGCGACCAUGACACAUUCAGCGCCGCAACACUCUUGAAAAUCGACCAAGGAGUUGGACCAGAGAAAACUAAAGAGGGUGAAGACGCGGUUGCCAAUAUCCACAACGCUAUUGCGGACACGAUCAAAUUCUACGCAGCCAAUAUUGUCUAG